AUGAUCCCAAAAACCAUGGUGUCUAACGAGGUUCACCUGCUGCCCCUCAACGACGACGGCUCGCCCGACGUGGCCGGCCAAUACGUCUACAUUGCGCCAAAGACACACGACCCCAUCACCAUCCGCUUCACAAUCGAGGGUACCUCGAGCAUAUGUCGCCAUGGGAGCCUGUGGGUCAACAUACCCGAGAAGGGACAUGAGUUCCAGCGUCACAACUUCAGGGAGUUCCCGCUGGUUCCCAAUUUCACCCGUGACAUAGAGAUCUCUAUCCCAAUUUACCAGCCCGGCCCGUACACCUACUAUAUCACCUAUGCAGCCCUGCCGAAGCUGUCCACCGAGCUCAAGGAUGCCUCUGCCAGUGACGAGAAGCAGAAAUCCCCCCUCUACUACAUCGACGUAGCGCCUCGCUUGACCCUGGACGGCUCGCCGCUGCCCUUGCCGGCACUGUCCGUCUUCUCCAUCCUGAGCAAGUUCAUGGGCAAGUACCCUCAUGACUGGGAGAAGCACCUCGCCGGCAUCAGCGACAGGGGCUACAACAUGAUCCACUUCACCCCUCUGCAGGUCCGCGGAGAGUCGAACUCGCCCUAUAGUCUUUACGACCAGCUCUCAUGGGACCCCGUGAGCUUCCCGGACGGUGAGAAUGAUGUCCAGAAGCUGGUAGAAAGCCUGGAGCGAAAGCACUCGCUGCUGAGCUUGACGGAUAUCGUCCUCAACCACACAGCCAACAAUACCGACUGGCUGCAGGAGCACCCCGAUGCCGGUUACAACUUAACUACCGCCCCCUGGCUGGAGUCGGCGUACCUGCUGGACACCAAGUUGCUCGACCUCGGGUACAAGCUGGACAAGCUCGGUCUACCGACCGAGAUCAAGGCUGUCGACGAUCUUCUGAAGAUCAUGGAGGCAGUCAAGAACGUAUUGAGCGAGAUCCGGCUGUGGGAGUACUACGUCGUCGAUGUUGACCGUGACGCAGAUGCUGGUGUCAAAGCUUGGUCUGAGGGACGGGUGGAUGAGGCCUCCCUCAAGUUGCCAACUGGGACUGUUGAGGAACAAGCAGCGUUCGUAAGGUCUGGCCUUGAUGGCACGAACCACCUGGGCGAGCGGUUUCGACGGAAGCUCAAGCCCGAAGUCGGUGCUGCAUACAUAACGGCCUUGCUUGGAAAGUUUGAGUCGGCAGGUGACGCGCAGAAGGCUGAUGCUCGGAGUAAGCUUGCUGCAGGACUGGACGUUGUCAAUGUCUCUUUCUACCAGGAGUACGACACCGAGUCUGCUGUGAUCCUUGACCAGCUCUUUAACCGGAUCAAGUAUUGUCGCCUGGAUGACCAUGGCCCUAAGAUGGGCCCGAUCGGGGCCAAGAGCCCACUGAUCGAGUCAUAUUUCACCCGACUGCCUGAGAAUGAGAAGACGGCCAAGCACAAAAAGGAAGAUCUAGCACUUGCAAACAACGGCUGGGUUUGGGGCGGCAACGCGCUUGUUGACAACGCCGGACCGGAUUCAAGAGUGUACCUCCAUCGUGAGGUUAUUGUUUGGGGUGACUGUGUCAAACUGCGGUAUGGCAAGUCUCCCGAAGAUAGCCCUUUCCUUUGGGACCAUAUGACCAAGUAUGCUCGCACAUUGGCCAAGUACUUUGCCGGUUUCCGGAUCGACAACUGCCACUCCACUCCGAUCCACGUUGCUGAGCACAUCCUCGAUGAGGCCCGGCGGAUCCGCCCGGAUCUUUACGUGGUUGCGGAGCUUUUCUCGGGAUCUGAAGAGAUGGACUACGUCUUUGUGAAGAGGCUUGGACUCAGCUCGUUGAUUCGUGAGGCAAUGCAAGCUUGGAGCACUGGUGAGCUCAGUCGCUUGGUCCAUCGACACGGCGGCCGUCCAAUUGGCAGUUUCGAGGUGGACGAGAUCUCCAGGAGCGAGAACAGGUCGCCCACCUCUUCAACAGGACAAAAUGGCUCAUCGAAAAAUGGUGAGCCAGACUUGACCAGGGAGAUUAUUCGCCGCAUCAAGCCUGUGCCGGUGCAAGCACUGUUCAUGGACUGCACUCAUGACAACGAGACCCCUGCUCAAAAGCGCGACGCUCGAGACACUCUGCCCAACGCUGCACUUGUCAACAUGUGUGCCAGCGCGACUGGAAGUGUCAUGGGCUACGAUGAAAUUUACCCCAAACUUGUCGACCUGGUGAGCGAGACGAGACAGUACCAGUCCGAAUCAUCGAGUGGCAAGGAAAUCAAGGUUGGCGGCGGUAAGAACGGUAUCGGCGGUGUCAAGAAGCUCCUGAACCAGAUUCACACGUUGAUGGGCCAAGACGAAUAUGACGAGACAUUUAUCCACCACGAAGAUCAGUAUGUCACUGUUCAUCGGGUGCACCCGGAGUCCCGCAAGGGAUACUUCCUCAUCGCACACACCGCGUUCCCAGGAUACGGCAACGGCAACGGUGAUUUCAACCCUGUACAUCUUGCUGGUACCAAAGUCAGGCACUUGGGAAGCUGGAUGCUUGAGGUCGAUACGAGCGAGGAGGCCAAGAAAGAGGUGCUCGAAGACAAGAAGUGGCUGCGUGGUCUGCCUAGCCGCGUUGUCGACCUUCCUGGUGUCCGCAUUGAUGUCAAGGGGGAUGACACAACGAUUACGGUCCGUGACAAAUUCCCUCCUGGCAGUAUCGCACUUUUCGAGACUUGGAUCCCCGCUGCUGAGCACUCAUCGGGCCUGGAUACCUUCGUCACGUCGGGGGCGAAGGAGGCCUUUGGAGAAUUGGAUCUCAUUGAUCUCAACUUCCUGCUUUACCGCUGCGAGGCUGAAGAGCGUGAUGCUAGCGGUGGUAAGGACGGCGUCUAUGACAUUCCAGGUCAUGGAAAACUCGUUUAUGCCGGACUGCAGGGGUGGUGGAGUAUUUUGAAGGAUGUCAUCCGGGACAACAACCUCGCCCACCCGUUGUGCCAAAACCUCCGAGAUGGACAAUGGGCUCUAGAUUACACCAUCGGCCGCCUGGAACGUGCCUCCAAGGCUGAGCUGUAUUCCCGUCUCGAGAAGCCCACCGCUUGGCUCAAGGAGCGAUUUGAUGCGAUUCGCAAAAUUCCCAGUUUCCUCCUGCCUCGGUAUUUUGGCCUCCUUAUCCGGACUGCGUAUAUGGCGGCUUGGGAACGCGGCAUCUCUCUGAUGAAUGACAACGUGCAGAGAGGUCAGUGGUUCUUGCAGAGCUUGGCCAUGGUCAGCGUACAAGAGCUCGGAGUCGUCAACUCCGGCUCCCUCUACCCCAAGACCCUGGUGCCCUCUCUAGCAGCUGGUCUGCCUCAUUUUGCGGUAGAAUGGGCGCGCUGCUGGGGCCGUGAUGUCUUCAUCUCUCUUCGAGGCCUUCUGCUCGGCACUGGGCGGUUUGAUGAGGCUAAGGAGCACAUCCUCGCAUUUGCCAGUGUUCUCAAACACGGAAUGAUUCCCAAUUUGCUUGCUUCUGGCAACACUCCACGAUACAACUCUCGCGACUCAAUUUGGUUCUUUUUGCAAAACAUCCAGGACUACACCAAACUUGCACCGAACGGCACCGACAUCCUCAAGGCGACGACCAAGCGCCGGUUCCUGCCAUACGAUGACACCUGGUUCGAUGUAGAAGAUCCUCGUGCUUAUUCAAAGGAGAGUACUAUCGAAGACAUUAUCCAGGAGGCCCUACAGCGUCACGCAGAGGGCAUGUCUUUCCGCGAGGCCAAUGCAGGGCCCCAGAUUGACUCACAAAUGAGCGAUGAGGGAUUCAAUAUCGACAUCAAGGUCGACUGGGCCAAUGGCUUCAUCUUUGGCGGCAACCAGUCAAAUUGCGGAACAUGGAUGGACAAGAUGGGCGAGUCCGAAAAGGCGGGUUCCAAGGGUGUCCCUGGCACCCCUCGUGAUGGCGCAGCCGUCGAGAUCACUGGUCUACUGUACAGCACGCUGCGCUGGGCGCAGGACCUGAGCGCGCAGGGCAAGUUCAAGUACAGCAGCGUGACGAAGGCUGACAAGUCGACAAUUGGUUACAAGGAGUGGGCGGAUCUGAUCAAGGCCAACUUUGAGCGAUGUUACUACGUGCCUUUGUCGAAAGACGAGGACUCGAAGUACGACGUGAACCCGAACGUCAUCAACCGUCGCGGAAUCUACAAGGACCUGUACAGAUCUGGGAAGGAGUACGAGGACUACCAACUGAGACCCAACUAUCCCAUCAGCAUGACCGCUGCGCCAGAUCUUUUCGACCCAGAGCACGCCUUGCACGCCCUCGUGCUCACCGACGGUGCGCUCCGCGGGCCGACUGGAAUGGCGACUCUGGACCCUGCGGACCUCAACUACCGCCCGUACUACAUCAACUCUGAGGACUCGACCGAUUUUGCGACGUCCAAGGGCAGGAACUACCACCAAGGACCGGAGUGGCUGUGGCCCACGGGCUAUUUCCUUCGUGCGCUGCUCAAGUUCGAUCUGCUUCGUCGGGAUCCUCAAGACAAGGAAGGCCGCACCGAGGCGUUCCAGCAGGUCACUCAGAGGCUGAUGGGGUGCAAGCGAAUGAUCCAGGAGAGUCCAUGGGCCGGGCUGGCGGAGCUGACGCAGAAGAAUGGGGAGUUCUGUGGUGAUUCGUGCCCUACCCAGGCCUGGUCGGCUAGUUGCCUGAUUGACCUUUACAUGGAUGCUGCCGAGUACCAGAGUGGGGACGUUGUUAGGCUGAGCAAGCUGAGCAUCUCGACUUGA